AUGGCAGCCACAGCCCAGCCGUCCGAUAAGCCCGUCAUCGGCAUCCUGUCUCUUGGCGAGAUGGGCACCGGGAUAGCGAAAUUGCUGCUGGCACACGACUACGAGGUUGCAACGUGCACACAAGGCCGAAGCAAGUACACGCUUCGCCGCAUUCAAGAAGCCAAUAUCAAAGCCUACGACACUGACUCCAAGUUUGUCGCUGAAGUUGAUGUCCUCCUUAGCAUUGUACCGCCACGUGAUGCCACCGCCACCGCAGUGAGAAUGCUUGAAGCGAGCAGGAACGUCGACGCCAUCAAGCGUAGAAAAGAGCGCUUGGCGGAAGCUACUUCGGACACCAACUUGAUUUACAUCGACUGCAAUGCGAUUAGCGCCAAGACGAGCCGCAACAUCGCUGCGUUCUUCGUGCCCCAGGAAGGUUCAAGCGAAGAUUUGUCACGGUCUGGCAGUGGAUCGAGACCUGGAUCGCAGAGUUCCUCGGCUCCAGCGCCGCCGCCUCGGAGGUUCUCGUUGGCUCGUCUUCUGUCCUCCGAUGCUCCCACAACUGCAGAGCCCGGCUCCCUAGCGGGACCAUCAGCGCCGAUCAAGAUCGUCUAUCUCGAUGGGGGCAUCAUCGGCUCGCCGCCAUCUCAAACUAAAACAGCAACAAAUUCAGCCGACAAGACCAACAACAACACCAAUACCAGCCCUUCCUCCUCCAAAACCCCAGGCCCCUCAACCCAGCCCAGCCCAUCGGAAUGGAAACGACCCUCCCUCGUCCUCUCCGGGCCCUCAAUCACCACCCUUCUUCCCUCCUCCCUCCUAACCACCCUCAACGCGACCGCCAUCUCCCCAACCAUUGGCGCAGCCUCAACCCUCAAAUCCUGCUUCGCCGCCACCACAAAGGGCCUCACCGCCCUCCUCACCCUCUCCCUCGCCACCGCCUCGCAAUCCCACGUCCUGCCCCACCUGUUGUCACAUCUCGAAACUUACGCGCCGCAACUCCUCACCGCCGCUCAAGGAUCCAUGCCCACGAUGCCGCCCAAGGCGUACCGAUGGGUUGAGGAGAUGCGGCAGAUUGGGAGCACGUUUGCGACGGAGGGUGGGUUGGAGUGUGGGGAGACGGUGUUUGGGGGGGUGGCGGAGUUGUAUCGCUUUGUGAGUGAGGAUACGGUGUUGGGGAAGGAGAGGACGGAGAGUAGGAAGAGGGGGAGGACGGCAGAGGAUGUGGCUGCGUGUGUGGCGGAGGGGGUGAGGGAAAAGAGGAAGAAGGCUGAGAAGGCUGAUGAGGUUGGGGGCAAGUUGGUUUGGAGGGGAAGUUGGGACUGA